AGAUAUCAGCAAUACGCUAUGUACGCAAAUACAUACUAUGGACCAACAUUUGGAGGUGGUCAUGACAUUUAUAUCGCCAACAAUGCUGGGUCCUAUUCCAAUUCAUACACAAACUUUGGUUACGUAUACAAGCUCCCAUCUGGCUAUUCCUACGGAAGCACAAAAAGAAAAGAAGUUAUUGGCUGGCUCGUACAGGUUUUCUCCAAACGAAGUAGAAGUUUUUUAUUUUUCUACACCAAUCCUGCAGGACUCAAGUAUUAUAAAGAAUAAGAAAUGGGUAGAAAAGCUUGAAGAAUGGUUGCCGUCGAAUUUACACGGCAAAUUGACUGAGCGCUGUUACAAAGCAUCCGUAAAUGGUUGGAGUGGGAGCACAUUUCACAGUCGUUGUGACUCAAAGGGACCAACACUGGUCAUUAUUAAAAGCGGAUCUUAUGUGUUUGGGGGAUUUGCAUCGCAAUCUUGGGGAGGAAACAGUCGUUACAUACGAGCAGCAAACUCUUUCAUUUUCUCCUUUAAAAACAAGGAUGGUCUGGCACCUUUUAAAUCAAAUACAUCCAAUAAUGCAUACGCAAUGUACACAAAUAGAUACUAUGGACCCAUAUUUGGAUACGGUUUUGAUAUCUAUAUUGCUAACAACGCCGGAUCCAGUUCCAGCUCAUACACAAACUUCGGCUAUGGAUAUAAGCUCCCAUCUGGCUAUUCUUCUGGUAACUCCAAAACACGAAACCUGUUACCUGGGUCAUACAGAUUUACACCAAAUGAGCUGGAAGUCUAUUCUUUUUCCACACCAAUCCUACAGGACUCAAGCAUUCUAAAGGACAAAAAGAGAUGGAUCGGAAAGCUUCAACAAUGGCUGCCUUCGUACUUGAAUGACAAAAAGACGGUGCGCUGUUACCAAGCAACGAAAAAUGGAUGGGGAGGGAGGACAUUUCACAGUCGCUGUGACUCAAAAGGACCAACAUUGGUUAUUAUUAAAAAGGGAUCGUAUGUGUUUGGGGCAUUUGCAUCAGAAUCUUGGGGAGGAGGACGUUCUGGUUACAUACAAGCACCAGAAGCUUUCAUUUUCUCCUCUAAAAACAAAGAUAAUCUUGCACCCUUUAAAUCCAAUGUUACAAGAUACAAACAAUAUUCAAUGUACACAUACAGCAGCUACGGACCAACAUUUGGUGGUGGUCACGACAUUUAUAUCGCCAACAAUGCUGGGUCCUAUUCCAAUUCUUACACAAACUUUGGCUAUACAUACAAGCUCCCAUCUGGCUAUUCUUACGGGAGCACAAAAGCAAAGAACUUAUUGGCUGGCUCGUACAAAUUUAUUCCAAACGAAGUGGAAGCAUUUUAUUUUUCGCCAUUGAUCCUGCAGAACUCAGUUAUUCUGAAAAAUAAACAAGAAUGGAUAGGAAAGCUUCAAAAAUGGUUACCUUCGAAUUUAUAUGGCAAAAAGACGAAGCGCUGUUACAAAGCAACAUCGAAUGGAUGGAGAGCAAGUACAUUCCACAGUUGUUGUGACUCAAAGGGACCAACACUGAUCAUUGUUAAAUAUGGAGGUUGUAUUUUGGAGGAUUUGCAUCAAAGUCUUGUAAGCCCGCUCUAA